CAAAUACAUAACCUUAGUUUUUAAAAUAAUAUAAUUGUAACUAUAGAUUUGUUAAGACUUUCAAUGUCUUUACAGUCUAAAGUAGUUUUAGGUGCAGCUUGUGUUUUCUCAGCAAGCAUAAUUGGAUACGUACAUUAUAAACAAAAUUUAGAUAGGGAACAAAUGCAUUCUGGAGUACUUAGGGAUAUGGAAAGGCGCCAAAGGAGGAAACAGGAAAAUUUAUACGUUCUUCAAAAGCAGAUUGAUCUUGCCAAAGAAUUGAAAAAGCAGCAGGAUGACAACAUUACUUAAUUACAGAGUUCUUAAAUAUUUGUAAAUAUUAUAUGUAGAUAGUGUUUUCAAUAUAAAUAAACGUUUGUAAAUAAUUAUUUCGAAAAUAAAAGGGUACUGAUAAAA